AUGCAAGCGACACCUCGAGCAUCCCACCACGAUGUGUGGCCCUUGCCUGGCCGUCACGGGAGGUACUUGCUUUACAAGGCAGGCGAAAUUGCGAACACAGACGACACGCUCUUUGCGGACGUGUGGGCAAACACGGUGGACUCGUCACUACACAACCUUGUGUGGGGGUGGCAGUAUGUGGCUGACUGGGACAAUGGAGCGAUAAUCCACAUCGGGCCGCACCUCGAGUGCUACAAUGCUGGGAACUGGAUCCUAGGUGGGAGUUUGUUGAACAACGUGACAAUUGUGAACUUCGCGCUGGACCUGGUGGACGCGUGCUGGAACAUGUACGUGAGCACCGUGCAUGGCCCUGAAGUCUUCAGGUACUUCUCCUCAGAUGGGAACUACAUGGGCUCCUCGCCAAGCUCGGUGAACUUCAUGUUCCAUGAGCGACUUGGGUUUUUCGUGUACCCGGGUGACAGCGACUACUACCUGCGACCCGAGGUGCUCGAGUCGAAGUUCUACGUGUGGCGCGCAACAGGGGCCGUGCGCUACUAUGAGAAUGCGGUGAGCACGCUCAAAAAGUUCGAGACGUGGCUGCCGGCACCCAUAACGUACGCGGGCAUCGAUGACGUGGACGCGACGGACUCGGCAUUCAUUGAUGACAUGCAGAUGGCGCUCGUCGAGCUGUCGAGCUAG